CGUCGUCGAAUUACGUCGACGAAGGCAACUGUCGCACGGAAAUGCGUAAUUCACUGUAGCAUCGAAGUGCAUGCGAGUUGGAAACGCACUGCGAAAGUGAACAUGACAGAGCGAUCACUCUCGUGAUAGGAGCUAACAGCACCUUUCGCUUUUCACUUGAAGCGAAAUCGAACGGCCUGACAGUGUCGAUCAUUCUGUUCUGAGUUUUUUAUCGCGCAAUCAAGAUGAUGUAUUUAUUCGUUAACAAAAAUCACGUUUCUCGCAAAACAGAGGAGUAAGAAGCAGAACUUCAUUGACAUCCGUGUGCCUAGAGGCUGUGUCCUUGAAAGAGAGUUGCUUUUUUCCUUGCUCUUCGAUCAUAAAUGAUCACGAUCAGUAGGGAUGUCGGAAAAUAUUCAUAGCAAGGAGCAGUGGCAGCUUCUCUGCAGUCUUCGAUCUACUGUGGAGGGUCUGUUAGUUGAUGGGAUACCCAAUGUAUGGAACGUUUAUGGUGGCCUGAACCGACUACACAAUGUGAUGGAGAGGAUAUUCAAGCAUGGUUGUCGCAUAUUUGAUCCCAAUGGUGAGCCAGACUGUUGGAUAUUCAUUCAAGGAUUGAAUUGGCUUCAACCAUCCUUAGCAACAUCACCAAUAUUGUCAGAGAACGAGGAUUAUUUGUGCAACUUACCAGCUAGAAUAACAUCCAAGAAGGAUAUGUUAUGGUUAUACAAAAGUUUAGAGGGCCAUUCUCUAUCACAUAAGCUAUCAUGGCUUCUCUCAGAUAAGGAACAUUUGCUUUCUUGUCUGGAAUCGUGGGCAUUUCUUUGUCAAGAGAACUUGGCGGAAGCGACGCUUUUGUAUUUAAGAGCAGUUGAGAGGAAUCAGCCCGAGCUGCUUGCAGAAAUUGAUCCUUGCUUAUUUUUGCCAUCAUGGAUAUCUCCUAAAGCAAGCCCCAAACGGCAUCGUCGCUCAUCUUCGUAUCCAGUAAAUUUUUCUGGUGCUAAUCGCCUCUUUGGGCUAGAGAAGAGCAUAAGCGUUCUUACUAAAUGUCAAUUGGAUCAGUUAAAACUGUCAACGCAGUCUGUGCCGCAUGAUACAGACGGUGCUGAAAGUCAAAUGUCAAAAUCCACACACGUUAUUACUGAUAAAGAUGCACAAAAGGAUUCCAAGAUCGACGAUAUGCCUCUAAAAACGUGGAACAGUCUACCUGUUUUGGUCAAGAAUCAAAAUUCAGACAUCAUUUCGCCAACGAUACAAGAAAACAGCAAUAACAUUGUUAGUAAUGGUCGUCCUCGUACUAUUGAAUUAGCGGAAAUCAUCAAUAUCAAUUAUUCGGAUUCGAAACAACCCGUUGAUUCCAAUACGGAUAAGCUUGUAGCGAAGCCCAAGACAUCAAUCAGAAAGAUGAGAAAUCGAACGAAAACUAGACAUAGUCAGAAUAAAAAGGUCUCCGAAAAUCCGGAGAUUUUCUCGAGCGUUCACGAGAAUACCAAGAAUAUUGUUGAGGAAACGCGGCCGAUUGCGAUCACGGAAUCGGUGGAGAUGAAUUUAAAGAUGCUGGACCAAUGGACGACGCGUAAGAAAACAUCCUUCUUGGUGGGUUCGGCCCCUGAAUUCACGGGUUCGUGGAGUAUGGAAGUAGAAGGUCAAAAGGACAUUCGUACCCCUCGAAAGAGUUUCAUGGAGGAUGGUGGUAGCAGCGUGCAGCCAAUGUCGACCGGUUACUUUCCGCGUCCGGUCGAGGGACAGAGUCUGACUAGCUUUUUAGCUUCGGUGCGAUUCUCGCGCGCCCACGACGCUGAGUUAGAUCGCGAAAAUGCGCACUUCAGCGUCUGCGAGGCAAUGAUCGCUGCUAUCGAGCAGGUCAAAUGCAAUCGAUUGCAGCGGCGUCUGCUGGACGACGCGGUCGAUGACGAGAGUGACGAGGAAAUCAACCGAUUGAAACAGCGCAUCCGGCUGCGACGCCGUCAACGCCAGGUGGAAAAAUGUCGUAGUAGAGGCUGGAGCCGCGGCGAUCUGUUGAGCGACGGUAGGACCGACACGACCACGACCACCGAUCAAAGCGUCAGCCCGUUGUCCACGUCCUCGAGUAGCCCUUCAGAUAGCGAAUCCUUCACGGAGGACUCCGAGUUGGACGACGAGCGAAGGUUGAGGAACGGCGGCAGGUCCGCGUCGUUGUUUCCGUCGGAUGCAGAAUUGCGAGCAACAAGGAUUACGGACGUCAAGAUAAGCGAGAGCAGCAUGUCCGCUGAAGGAGUGGCUCUCUCUCUCAUCAGUCGCUUCAGCGAGAAGCAGUUGCCAAGGGCAAGCGAGUUGCAAUGGCUGGUCUCGGAGAAGGAUGCCCCACAACGGUUACUACCGAUGCCAAAGAGCUGGCCGGUCAGUCCCGAUGAGAUUGAGGUCGAAGACACGCGAACGAUUCCGUUGAGAGGAACCGUCGAAUGGGCCCCGCCACGUCCGCAAAUUAUUUUUACACCUCAUCCACCACCGGUGUAAGUGCAAGGAAGGAAAAAUAAUUAUUUAUUUAAUAAUUUUUUUUAAUUUUUGUUAUUUUUAUUUCUUAAAUUUCUUUGUCUUUAUUGUUAAUCUUCUAGACUCAAACAAUGAGAAUAUUAUUUGUAUGUUUUCUGCACGGGCUGUCACACGAACCAAGUGGCGUUUAUACCAGGAAAAAUUCUAUCGAAAUGGGAUUUUAAUCGAUAUCCUGUGUCAAACUUCUCAUACAGAUUGCUAGAUCAGAUGAUGUCGGACCCACUGUUCCAAGUGAAUGACUUGAACCCAUUAUUGUACAGACGAAUAAAACAGUUGGACAAAACAAGAAUUUUGCGCACAAAGUUAUUCUUCCUAAAGGACUUCUUAUUCAUGUGCCGGUUCGCAGUUAGUCUUCAAGACGUACUGAAGAAAGAGCCAAAUUAUAUCAUAAAUGAUCCACAUAUAUACUCAAUUCAAGAUUUAAUAAACGUCAAGCUUGGCGUGUUGUUUGUUAAAUUGCAGGAGCUCGUUCAAAUUUGUUGCGCGCACGUUGUAGAUUGCGAGUUAUGUCAGGCCAGAGGAUUUGUAUGUGAGUUGUGCUAUUCCAAGGAUGUCAUAUUCCCAUGGGAUUUGUCAAAAGUGAUCCGAUGUGAAAAGUGUGGUGCAUGCUUUCACAUGGAUUGCAAGCACAGCUCUGAUAAACUUGAGUGUCCUCGAUGUGUGAGGCUACGCGCCAGACGAAUUUCAAGAGAUGAGAAACCCUGACGAAUGACGAGGGCGUUCUUUGCCACGCCAUUCAGAGUAGGAUACGUAUUUUAAGUAUGACAAACGAUUCAAGUCCAAAAGAAAAUCUUAUAAAAUUUAUCUCAAAUAAUAAAUCAAAAAGACAUUUAGGAUAUUUUAUGUCUUUUGGAUUUUACAUUUGAGAUGUUACUAUUUACAUAUAAAAUGUAUACAAUACGUAUUCCGUAUACAAGAAAUUAAUGCAAAUUUCUUUCGUAUUUAAAUAAUUUGUUACAGAAUAGAUAUAAAAUAUGAAAGUCAAUUCAUAAUAAUCACUCAACGUGUGGUAUGAGCUUAAUUAUGAUUCUUGACAUAUUCGACGAAGAUAAGCGAGACGAAUAUUAAACUAUAUAUUGGACAAAAAUGUAUAUUAUAAGAUAGAGACUCAUGAUAUUUACACUUUUCUCUCUUCUUCACUCUACUAACGUAACUGAGAAUACUACUUGUGCCUCAGUCUCAA